UGCAUUCCAAACCCCCAGCAACACCUGGAGUCAAAACUCCUCAGCUGCUGUGCUCUACGGAAGAACUGCAACUUCGCACUCUCGUCGCCAGCCAGCUCCAACGACCCCAGAACGACCACCCGACCCGACCUUGGCUGUUCUUUGUUCUGAGACGUGCACACCGAUCGCCACACCGGAGCAAUCUCGGACGCCUUUGCUGGUCCCCGAACAGCCAUCUGAGGAACCGUCAAGCACUUCUUUGAAACCCAGUCCUUCGCUUUUUUGGCUUCGUUGCAUUGUGCGUUGCGUUGCGUUGCGUAGGGCAGCGAGACCACCCUACCUUCGAGAGAGAGCAGCGCUCCCAACCCGGUGCCUCGCGCUUGCCGCCGCCUGCCGACACGGCUACCGACUCGGUUGCCACUGGCUGAAGGGUCUCCGAGCCGAUACUUCCUUCUCGCCAGAGGCUGGCAGCGCUUACCCGACCUUCGCUUGGUCCAGUUCACGCUCGCUAGACGCCGCUGUACAAGAUGGCGAAUUCGUUCGCUGCCUUCGACGACACGGCCAAGGGUGCCGAGUUCAAGGAGGAUCUCAACGUCAUCCUCAUGUGCCCCGAUUGCAAGGAGAGCCCGCCCAAUCUGGUCGAAGAGACCUCCUCGGGCGACGUGGUCUGCGCCUCGUGCGGCCUGGUCCUCGGCGAGCGCAUCAUUGACAGUCGGUCCGAGUGGCGUACCUUCUCCAACGACGACCAAGGGAACGACGACCCUUCGCGUGUCGGUGAAGGCCCGAACCUCAUGAUCGACGGCGAUCAGCUCCAGACCGCGAUCGCCUACGACGGCAAGAACGCCAAGAACCUAGCUCACCUGCAGAACAAGAUCAACCAAGAUAAGGGCUCCAAGGCGCUCAUGGCAGCGUACCGGGACAUCCAGAGCCUGACGGACAGCAUCAACGCCGGCGCGCAGGUGGCCAACGCAGCCAAGCACAUCUUCAAGAUGGUCGAGGACAACAAGGCCUUGAAGGGCAAGUCGCAAGAGGCCAUCAUCGCCGGCUGCAUCUUCAUCGCCUGCCGCCAGACGGGCGUGCCGCGCACCUUCCGUGAAAUCUAUGGGCUCACGAAGGUGUCCAAGAAGGAGAUCGGCCGUGUCUUCAAGCAGCUCGAGGUGUUCCUGCAGAAGAUGGGCGGCGAGGACGCCAUCGCCCAGGCCAGCCUCUUCAAUCAAGUGUACAUGGCCAAGGGCUCCACCAGUGCGGUCGAGCUGUGUGCCCGCUACUGCAGCAACCUCCACUUCCGCAAUCCCGUCAGCGUCGAGAACAUCGCCCGCCGCCUUGCCGACAAGUCGACCCAAGUGUCCGAUCUGGCCGGCCGCUCCCCGCUCUCGGUCGCCGCGGCGUGCAUUUACAUGGCGUCGCACAUCGUGGGCGAGCCUCGAAACCCUAGACAGAUCUCCGAAGUCUCGGGCGUCAGCGACGGCACGGUCAAGACAGCCUACCGCUACCUCUACGCAGCGCGCGACACAUUCCUGACCGAGGAAAUCUUUCCGGAGGGUGUCCCGGACGCCGACAAACUGCCCGCUAACUAGAGGCGGCGGUGGCACCGAGCGGUAUGAGCCGGCGGCGCACUCCGCACUGCGCUUACAAUGAGAUAUGAAGACAUCGAUACCCCGACGAGGUCGCGGCGACGAGUUUGUGUGAUAUUGGGAACAUCUUUUGCAAGGUGUCGCUCGGAA